AUGGCCAAAGACAACCACUCAGCAGUAACAGAGUUCAUCCUCUUGGGGCUUACAGAAGAUCCUGAACUUGAAGUCAUUCUCUUUGUAAUCCUUCUUAUCAUUUACUUGUUUAGUGUCAUGAGUAACCUAGGAUUAGUCUUGUUAAUCCAAAUCAGCCCUCAGCUUCAGUCCCCCAUGUAUUUCUUCCUCAGCCAUCUGGCUUUUGUUGAUUUCUGUUACACCUCUUGUGUCACUCCAAAUGCUCUGGUAAAUUUUCUGCGUGAGAUUAAAAGCAUCUCGUUUUAUGGAUGUGCAGCUCAAGUGUGUUUCUUCACCACAUUUUCUGUGUGUGAAGUCUUCCUGCUGUCUGUAAUGGCCUAUGAUAGGUAUGUGGCCAUCUGCAACCCUUUGCUCUAUGUAAUCAUCAUGCCGAGGAGACUCUGCUUUCAAAUCGCCAUUACCACAUUUUAUGCAUUUGUCACAGCACUUAUUCAGACAGUGACAACGUUCCUUUUGUCUUUCUGUGACUCCAACCUAGUGAACCAGUUCUUCUGUGAGGACAUUCCUCUCAUGGCUCUAGCUUGCUCAAGCACUCAAGUCAAGGAACUGAUGUUGCUAAGCAUGGCUGGGUUCAACAUAUGCUGCUCUCUCCUCAUCGUCCUCAUCUCUUACCUAUUCAUCGUGUCUGCAAUCCUGAAGAAGCACUCAGGGGAAGGGAGACGGAAAGUCUUCUCCACCUGUGCUUCUCACUUGUCUUCUAUUGCCAUAUACUACGGGACAAUAAUUUUUAUGUACUUACAACCUGAAUCUAGCCAUUCCCUAAAUACAGACAAAUUUGCUGCUGUGUUUUAUGUAGUGAUAAUACCCAUGCUAAACCCAUUAAUAUAUAGUUUAAGGAAUAAGGAGGUGAAAAAUGCAUUAAAGAGAAGUAUAGAUAAGAUUCCUCUGAGUAUUAGUAAAUGA